UUUUCUUCCUUGAGGUGGACAGCGGAGUGUAUCUGAAGAAACAGAAAUUACCUCUCUGAAUUUAGGAAUCAACAACAGAGAAGACAAAUCUCAAGUGUGAAAAGGACUGGUAGUCCAGAGCUCUCUGGAGUGAGUGGACAAGCGGCUGUGCAACUCUCUUGUCUUGGGUUCAGCUCAGUGGCAUCAAUGUUUCCAGUGAAACAGCCGUGGUUGUGUAAAGCGCUAGGUUGCUAUGACUGCUGCAUCCGCUGCCUGGGCGCUGUGCCCUACACCAGCCUGCUGGCCACUCUGCUCUGCUACACUGGCGUGGCGCUCUUCUGUGGGGCAGGGCAUGAGGCGCUCUCUCAUACCCAUACAUUCGUAGAACUCUACUUUGCCAGGGACGUCCAGGAUUUUAUUGUGCUGGCAGACUUUAUAAAGUAUUUCCAGUAUGUGAUCUACGGUUUAGCCUCCUUUUUUUUCCUCUAUGGAUUGUUGCUGUUGGCUGAAGGUUUUUACACCACCAGUGCCGUAAAACAGACCUUUGGAGAGUUCAGGAGCACCAGUUUUGGGCGCUGCAUCAGCCUGACUUUUAUAAUCCUGACAUAUGUUCUCGCCGUGAUCUGGCUGGCUGUCUUUGCCUUCACGGCUGUUCCUGUGCUUUUCUUCUUUAACAUGGCACACUCCUGUCACACGGUCAACGUUAUGUCAGAAACCACCCUUUUCAGCCAGCACUCAAGGGUCUGCAUGGAUGCACGGCAAUACGGGUUUCUUCCCUGGAAUGCUGUGCCGGGGAACGUUUGUGGAACUACACUGGCCAACAUCUGCAAAACACCAGAGUUCUAUUUGACCUAUGACCUUUACAUCUGUGCAUUUGCUGGAGCAGGAAUCACCCUCCUCGCCCUGUUCAUUUACGUGGUUGCCACCACCUACAACUAUGCUAUUCUAAGGUUUCUCGGAAGAAAGGGGAUCCGUUGCUAGGUUUGUUGUUGCCAAGCUCUCUUUCCUGAUGCCUGUUGCAGUGGCUUCAAUUGUGUCGUCAAGGUGGCCAGUGAGGAAACGCAAAAGAGCUCCAUGAAACCCCUACAGAGUUCUAUCCUACAGAGCACACAAACACAUUGACCACCACACCAAACCACUGGUUUCAUGAGACAAAUAAGUACAAAAUACACUAAGAAAUGUAUAAAAGUGAUGGCCUGUGAACACUUUACAGUAUCAGACCACGCAAUCCAAAUACAAAAAUGAAAUUUUCAUUUAUUUUUAAGGUGAAUUCAUGAACGUAUAAUUGACCUUUUGUCUCCUUUUUUUCAGUUUUACCUUUACUAUACUGUGACUUCAGAAAAUACAAAUAUUUUCUAUUUGUUCAUUUUUGUGUCUUGUAGUUUGCGCUGUGUGGGUUGGGGAACAGGCUGCGUACUGCAUGGAUGCUGAGCAGUAUUUUAAAAGGCUAGCCCAGGGGUCUGCAAACUAAGACAUGCGUGAAACCACUGGCACGCAGAGGGGUCAUUAUUGGCAAUAGCGAGGGAGUGGACAAACCAUUCGUGUGACCCACAGAGUGCAAAGCACAUCAUUUCAACUGUGCAUUGUUCGCAGUGCACAGCUGCAUACUUGCAUACUUGCAAUAACCAAUGCUAAACUCUUCUUAAUUGCUAUUCAUUCCCUUUUAAAUUUAGGGUUAUUAAUCUGCAUUCAUUCUUUAAAGCCUUUAUACAGAGCUUACUUGUAAUUUGCAUGGUCUGUUUCUACUUGUAUUAUCUUUAUUCCUGUAAGAAAAUUAUCAGCCGCUAUUGCAGCCGCAAUAGUGCCAGCCGCAAUAGUGCCAGCCGCUAUUGCAUUUAAGAGCCAAUACUGACAUGCGUGUUUUAUUUUGGCAACUCCUGGGCUAGCCUUUUAGACUACUCCUCAACGUCAUGCAGUAAUAAGUAGUCCGUUCCCCAACCCACACCCCCAUGGUAUUGGUACCACAGCGGAAACAGCAAAACGGAUUAAAAAUUUUUUAUUGGUCAACAGUUAUUUAUUCACAAAAUCAUUUCUGAAUUCACAAUUUCAAAAAAAUUUAAGAAAAAGACAGAAAAGGUAAAUGAUCCAUUCAUGAAGUAACCGGGAAAAAAUUAUCAUUGUUAUUUAUUUAUUUAUUUUGCAUUUGUUUAGGAAUGGUCUGAAACCUGAACUGUAAAGUGUUACACGGAGCAUUGAUCAACCAAAAAUUCAUUUUAGCACUACACAAAACUGUAGAUCUCUGCAGGAGUGGAAUCUAGCAUCUGAAUUGUCUUUCAGUUUUUCUCUUCCUCUCUUUCACACAUAAACACACACUUAGACUGCUCUACCCUUUCUCUCACGGUCACUUGUUCAUUUUAAUGAUUGUAUUCACUUUGCUUUAUGGUCAUAUUAAUGCCUUACAGUUUUACCAGAAUUUUAGUUUCUCAUCAUCCUUCUCUCUCACUUUGCAUUUUCUUCUGUCUCUCAAAGAGCUCAUUUGCACCUGGUUUAAACAUCCAUCGCCAGUGAUCUGAUCACAAGUGGAUAGCGAUAAAUACAGGUGUAAAGGAGACCCAUAACAUUUAGUGUUAGGAUCACUCAAACCACAUACAGUGGGAGUCAGAAUCACAUGUGAUCACUGUUGGGUGUAAUCUAAUUACAAAUUAAUUCAUUACUGUAAUCUAAUUACUUUUUUAGUACAAAAAGUAGUGUAAUGCAUUACAUUUCAAAUGCUUUAAAUAAGAUUACAGUUACUGUCUUUCAAUUAUGGUAAGUUACUUGUUGUAUUUCUUGGAUUAUACAUACAGUAUUUUUUAAAUAAUAUUUAUGUAGAAGACAUUUAAAACAUGAAUUAACAUGAAGGGCCCCCUAACGAGUCAAAUAACACAGGAAAUAAAUACAUAAUUUUGAAUUCAUUGAAUGGAAAAACAAAAACUUAUAUGUGAAAAGUGUUUUAUAAAGUAACUUAAAAGUAAUUAGUUAUGUAAUUACUUUUCCAAUAAAGUAAUCAGUAAAAUCAGUAAUAUGAUUUUAAUUGUAGAUAAGUAAUUAGUCAUUUGUAGUGAAAUUCUUCACCAACAGUGGUGAUCAUCACAUUGCAUUUGUUGUAUAAACGCUAAUCUGUCCUGAUGCUUCAUGGAUAACAGGAAUGGAUCAACUUCUCAGCUGUCAAUUGACCAUUACGUUAAAACAAGGGUUUUAAACUUGGCCUGUUAUGUGUGGCUUUAAACGAAAAUAGCCAUUCAAUUAUAAUGUUUGGAAAAAGCCAUACAUACAAACAGUAUGCACAAGAAUUCAUGGUACAACUUGGAAAUGUCUGCCAUCUACAUGCAGAUACUGAUAAUUUGCGUCUGCACAGUGAACAAAUCUAGAUUGCAUAAAGCAUGAACAUCCAUUUGGUUAAAAGUAAAAUAACAUUUAUUUAGCUUGAAAUGUCACAUUUCUAAAAACUAUAUUUAGGAGCAAUGGUGUGUCAACUUUUUAUUCUCCAUUUUGAUUUGUUUUUACUUUUCUUUUUCUUUUUUGUGCUUUAUAAACAUGCAGUAACACAGUGAUGCAUGUAGUCAUGAAAUCAGAGCCCCACAACAACAUCCAAUUACAGGUGGUCACAGCAGAUGUAUUUGAGAACCAUGUAUAACCAAAGUGGAAACGCCAAUUUGUCCUGGCUGGCCAUUUGUGAUCUGAUCGCUCGAGAUUGAUGUUUAUACCAAGUGUCAAUAGUGCCAAAGACAUGAAGGGAGGGGAGAGAGAUGAGGGAGAUUUUGAGUAUGAUUGUUGUUUCCUGAUAUAGUGGACAGAUGAGAUGUGGGUUUAUAUUCUGUGAGACACACAUAGAGACACAGAAGUGAAAUAAGCUGCUGUCUUUGUGUAUCUGUAUUCAGUAUUUGCAGACACUUUCAUUGUCAAACCAUACAGUAUAGUGUGUGAUGUGUUGUGUGGGUGUCUGUGAGUGUGUAUUUGUUGUAUAUUUUAAAACUAACUGUCUUUGGCAAUAUGCCGAACCUGAUCAAUGAUGGUGCUCGAUCAAACUAAUCAUGUUUAUAUUGUUCUGGCUCAUUUUAGAACACUAAAAUGAUUUGUUUAUUUUAAUCUGGUGAGUAACUGUAAAUUGUUAAAAAACAUUCUGCAGAAUUUAAACAAAAGUGUGUUUACAUUAAAUCUUGUGUGUUGACCAGUGAAACUCAUGCAAUAAACUCUAAUAUUCUUAA